CUCUUAUAAUCUUUUUCCUUUCCGGCGACAGACAUAAAAACAGAAACGACAAUUACAGCGACCGGUGGCGGAGAAACGGUGGCGAUGGAAUCUCCUUCGGAAAAAAGACUCGAAAUAAUCACAAAAACAACAACCAACAAUGGAAUCAAGUGCAAAGAACGUGAGCGCGCACAACAACGAGGACGACGGGGGAUGUUGCUAGGGAUAGGGUUUUGGAUGCAAGGAUUUCGAUGUUACCCGUGGAUGGCGGUCAUCUUCUUCCUUAAGGACGGACUCCAUCUAGAUCCAUCGACGCUGCAAAUCCUCCAGAAUUCCGCAAAUCUUCCGAUGGUUGCAAAACCGCUUUACGGCCUUCUCUCGGAUUCAUUCUAUAUCUCCGGCCAACACCGUAUCCCAUACAUUGCCUGCGGAGCGUUUUUACAGGCUGUAUCAUGGUUCUCCAUUGCAUGCCUACCACCUUCAAGCAUCUCCUUCUUCACAAUCACCAUUAAUCUCCUCCUCGGAAACCUAGGUGCUUCAAUAGUCGAGGUCGCAAACGACGCCGUAGUAGCAGAAUGCGCGAGGCAACCCGCCGGAAAUUCAGCAUCAUCCUCUUCUUCCGAUCUCCCAUCAUUCGCGUGGGUGGCUGGAUCAAUUGGCGGUGUAAUGGGAAACCUUUUAGGUGGCAUUUCAAUCGAACGAUUCUCCUCACAAACAAUGUUCUUAUUCUUCGGAAUCUUAUUAACUAUUCAGUUCUUUAUCACAAUCUCUGUAAACGAAAAAUCCCUCAACUUACCAAAAAGCAAAUCCAAUCACGGAAUACGAAAACAAUUCUUAGAUCUCUUACUCGUGCUAAAAAAACCAGAUAUUUAUCAACCGAUUUCAUGGUUUGCAGCAUCAUACGCCAUAAUCCCAGCCCUAACAGGAACAAUGUUCUACUACCAAACUCAACAUCUAAACAUCGAAUCAUCAGUUCUCGGAAUCUCAAAAGUAUUCGGUCAAGUCGCGAUGUUAACAUGGGGCAUCGUUUACAAUCGUCGUCUAAAAUCCAUCCCCCCACGAAAACUAAUCUCUACAAUUCAAGCAAUACUGGCGAUUCUAAUGGUGUCAGAUUCACUAUUCGUUUCCGGUUUCUAUCAUAGAAUCGGGAUACCAGACUCGCUAUACGUCAUCUUUGUUUCUGGGGUUCUGGAGGUUUUGUAUUACUUCAAGACUUUACCUUUCAGUGUUCUAAUGGCGAAGCUAUGUCCACCUGGUUGUGAAGGGUCUCUAAUGGCGUUUGUGAUGUCCUCUAUUGCAUUGGCGUUUAUUAUAAGUGGGUAUGUUGGCGUUGCGCUUGCUUCGUAUGUUGAGGUUACAGAAACUGAUUUUUCAGGGCUACGUAAAGCGCUGUUGAUACAGGCAGCAUGUACUGUUGUGCCUCUGUUUUGGUCGUCGUUUAUUCCAGAGAGCCCGAAGGUUGAAAUUGGAAAAAAAGAAGAGUGAAGCAAAGAGUAUAUAUGGAGAUAUGUUCUUUGAUCAUAGACAAAGUUGGUGUAUUUACGUGUAAGUAUUGGAUCUUGUUUAUUUUUACAAAACAGAAAUGCACAAAAAGCACAUGGAUCCGGUUAAGGGCAGGACCCGACCCGGCCACCAUCAUUACUAGAGACUGGUUAGGAACAAGAUUGGCAUAUUACUAAUUUACUAGGGACCGGUUAGUGUCAUAUUGGUCUUUUUAUACAUAUGAAUUUAUUAUCAUCUCUUUAUCUUGUC